AUGACAUACGAUACCCGUUCCAGUCGGAUUGCAGCCUCUUUGAAUGAAGAAAAUCUUUACACGGACAUCCCUUCUUGUUCCGUGAUUCUUUCACGAGAAAUCAAGUUUUUUUUUUCCAAAUUUGUAGUCUAAAAAAUGUCUGGUUUUCAGUUAUAGUAGUUCGUUGAAUCGAUUAAAAGUGCAGAGAGAAAUCGAAGAUAGACGAUUGUACAAUUUACGGUUGCUUCGAAACCAAAAGUACAAGUUUCGGGCGAAGGCGGCCGUUGAAGUGAUCGCCAUCGAUAAGCAAGAUAAUUCAUUGUUUUUGAGAUAUCAGUGAUAUUUUGGGAUUUUGUUGGUUUUAGCUUGUUAUGCGGUGGAAUAAACGGCUGCGUCGACAUUAUGAAUUUGUACACGAUGGAGCGUUCUGUAGGCUUCAAGCCGUUCAAUGAGGAACUUCCACGGCCUCUUUCCUUGUUGGUUAAUAUUAUUUUUUCAAAAUUUUCGCAAAACUUUUGAUUUUUGAACAGAAUAUGAAAACUCCUAUAUUUUUUCUACAAUAAUUCAGUUUCAGCGAUCAAAAGCACAUGAUAAAGUGCGCUCAAUGGUGCGCCAAAGAUAAUCGGUUUUUCGUAACUUCCUCUUCGAACAAAAAUUUAUCGGUCAGUUUAAAGGCGCACUGAAAAGAAAAUUAUUUCAACAAGCGAUUUUUCUAUUUUUCUUGAAAAAAUAACGGGUUUCUACAGGCGUAAUUAUUUUAUUUUUUUUAAAGAUUAUUUUUGAGCAUUUCAGCCUCGUUUUAAAGUUUUUAGGAUACUAGUAAAGUUGUGAAAUCGAACGAGUCGCUUAUUUCUGAGCAUUUUUUAAGCAAAUAUGUUUGUUUUCGAAUCAGAUUUUUCAUUUUAAAUACUCUGGCAAAGUCGGAAUGGUGCAUAAAGGCCGUUGUUAGGAGAAGGUUACAAAAAGGGCAGCAAAUAUGGUGCUUAACAGCCCAUGAAAUGGCCUAAAAAGGCAGCAAAAAAGGAGCUUUUUCCACCUUAAAAAGAACUAUGGAGCUUUUUUUUCCAUCUUUCCAUACUUUUUCUAUAUACGCAAUUUCGAAAAAUUCUUCUCCUUUUUAAGAUUAAAAAAGGCUUACUUCCCUUAAGGGAUCACUGGAUGGCUCAGAAGUUCAAAAACCUGAAUUUCUUUUCAUUUUCCGCUAAAUUAUUUUCGAAAAAAACUUUAACUUUCCAACGAAUCUUUUUGAAACCGUAAUUCGACUUUGCAUGUAUCGAACAUUUUUAGUUGAAUGACGUCGAAUACUUGUCGAUUGUCAGUACGAACAAGUGCGAAUUCUCUCCAAAAAGCCUUCACUGGAAAGAUGACGAAUCGAGGUGUCAGUUCAUCGCCGUCGCGGACGGCCGUCCAGAAGUCAAGCUCUACGAUUUGAAGUCGCUUUAAACACUGAAAAUCAAUCCAUAAGGAAAUGUUUUAGAACCUUCCCCAACACGAUAGCAUUACAUCUGUGCCAAAAGUCGAAGACGAAAAUGACGGCCGUUCAGUGGCAUCCUUCGGGAAUUCUGAUCGCCGGUGACGCCAAGGGCUAUGUCCAUCUUUGUGAUAAGAGGUUUCUUAAAAUUUAACAGAGCUUACACGGGAAGUGCAAAAGGUAGAGGUAUUGGAAUUUAAUGAGAAGUGGUAUAUAGGUACUUUCGGACAUCCUGAAUUCAAAGAAAUUUGAAAAAAAGUGCGCCUUUUUGGUUCUAGUCGAGUUAUAGCGCCUCAAAAAUUGCACGCGAAUAUGCACAUGUUAGUAUAGCCUGUGCACCGCGACUUGGAAUUUCAAGGAACGACAUUCCGCUGUGCCGCUGCGCGCCUUUGUGAACCUUGGUCGCGCUUUUAAUUUUUUUUUCUUUUUUUAAGGUACUCUACUUUCAUGUGCUCUCACAACACUAACAAUAAACUGAAAGCGUGACCUAGAUUCGAAAGACGCUUCGCGAACGCACGCAGCGCAACAGCGGAAUGUCGUUCCGUGAAAUUUUUGUUCCGAUUUUCAUUCAAAUUUCUCCUUUUAAUGAGAGGUUUGACCAUAAUUGAAAGAAAUUUGUAGGAAAGAUUUCAUUUGAAGGCUGUUUCAAAUAACUUCCAAAUUUUAAGUUAACAGAUCAGUUUGGCAUGCUGCUGGAAAAGUCGGUCGCUUUUUUGAAGUAACCAUUUUUCGAAAAUGGUCAAGUUUUUUUGAGUUAUAAAUUUUUUAAAUGGACAAAAUGCGUAGCAUUAUCAAUUUUGGUCAGUUUUUAAGUGUCGAAAAACCGAUUAUGGGCGGCCCAAAAUAGGGUAAUUUUUUUCUAUUUUUUUCAAUAAAUUUCAUGUGAACCUUUUUACUUUGGCCCCUUUUUGAGCCGUUAAAGGUGUUGAGUCCUACAACGAUAUUUCGAGAAAAUGACUUUUUUUUAAAUUUCGGUUAAAAAUCGAUGACUUUUUUUUUUUUAAUUUCGGUUAAAAAUUGUCUAAAUAGUUUCAAAAUUUCGCGUGUAAAAGCCGCCAACUCGUUUUUCUCGGCUCUCGAAAUCACGAUUUCGCGUAUUUCGCGAAAUAGCUUCAAAAAAAGUUAAUAGAUUUAAACACGGCAAAAAAACAAAAAUUUUUUUAGCUUGAAAAAAAUGAGCUUACGGGAAGAUUUCUUAUGAAUGCUGUUUCAAAGAACUUUUUGAAUUAUAAAUUAAUAAUUUAAUUUUACUUCUGUCAUAAUCGCUAGUGCUUAUCUUUGGAAAUAAAUUCUUAAACUGAAAUUGAAUUUUUUUCUUUAAUUUUGAAAGAAAUAAAAAUUGAUAGGAAAGCUCGACGCCCUCUCCACUCUUUCUCGGCCAACUGCGCCCAAAUCGAACAAAUCCGCUGCACGUCCGAUGGAUUAUUCUUCGUCACGAUCGAUUUGAGCUAUCGAGUGAUCGUCUGGAACUCACUAUCGUUCAAAAAGCUCGCCCAGCACGAGGUGAGACUUCCUCCAACUCGAAAAAUUCGGUUUUGAUCGCAUAUAGAUUGGCUUAACGGGCAGCGAGCUUUUAUAGUUUAAACAUUAUGCACGCCAAGUGCCGUUAUAUGAGCUUUGAGCUGUUUAAAGCGCGCGCAAGUAGUUUUAUUGUCGGAUGCAAACCUUUUCGAAGCCUUUUGUGUUCUUGGCCGUGAAAAAAAGGAAAAAAAAGAUAAGAGGUUCUUAGGGUAAACUAAUGUUUCUUCACAUCUUAUUUUUUAAACUGACAAGGUUUCGAACAUUUCAGAAAAAAUUAUCUUAAAAUGCUAAUUCUAGUUUUAAAAAAAUGGAGUAUGUGAUAAUGCGUCUCGGUGUGUUUACACCAUAAACAUCAUAAUUUACGAAAAACUUGACUUGCGUGUUAAAAAAAGGCCGUGGUAUAGUCAUUCCUCGUGCGGUGAUUGUGCUUCAAAGAAUUGACUUCGAAUAAGUUUUCAGAAAUUUAAUGAUCAUUGUAAAGUUGAAUUUUUAAAGUUAAAGUUGUUCUACGCGGCUCACUCUUUGAAUCAAACUGUUCAAAAUUUCCUAAUUUCUCUGUGCGUUUGUGUGUGUAUACGCUGAAUUUUUCAAGUCUAGCCGAAUUUUUGGACUUCUCAAAAUCCAAAAUCAGGUAUAGCUGAUUCACGGCUAGCUUGAGCCAUCGAAAAACGGGUCCUGACACGAUAAGGAAAAAAAUAGUGACUGCUUGGUGGAGAGCACAGACAGGUCACGCCCCAAGUUAGCCGUGAAUCGUCUACAGUUGUAUUUAAUAUGGUUUUAUAAAUAAUAAUAUUUUAUUUUCUUGAGGAUUAUCAUAGGUUCCUGAAACCUUGAAAUUUAGUAAUUAACAAGAAAAAAAUAAUGAUAAAUCUAGCACGUGAGGAGAAGCGACUGGUCUUCCCAGCCGAAAGAUCUGAGUUUGUAUGAAGAUGGGAACGUCGUCUGGAUCGCCUAUCCUCUGGGAGAUGAAGUCAAGAUUUUGGUCUUCAAUAGGGUGAGCUUCAUUUUGAUUAGGCCUGUGCGUAGGGUCGGGCGGCCCGGAAAAACUCUAAAUUAUCCUUGGAAAAUCAUGAUUUGUGUUCAAUUUUAGGUGAAAAAUGAACCUAAAACGGUAUUUUUGGCGUAGUUAACUAGAAUGGUCACCUUUUGCAAGCUUUAGGGCCCCCUGAGGAAAGUAAGGCGGUUUUUCGAAAGGACCUUGAAGCUGUCCUUUUAGAGGUCAUUUUGAUUAGGACUGUAUGUAGGGCUGUGCGGCCCGGGCCGGCCCAGGAUUCGAAAAACUUCAAAUACUCGCUGGAAAGUUAUUUUUACUUCUUGAACUUCGAGUGGUGUUCAUUUUUAAGGGGAAAAUGGGCCAAAAACGGGAUUUUUGUCGUAGAAAAGUAUUAUAUUAGUCUUGAAGUAACAUUGCCCCGGCUUUUUUUUUCAUUAGGGCUUACUAAGGCCGGGCAGGGCUUGAAAAUAGUCGGAAGUCGAUUUUUCAUCGGUCCGGCCCUUACACAAGCCUAAUUUUGAUGGAAAAUUGGGAGUUUUUUCAAGAAAUCCGCUCUUCUGGAGUCUCAUGAACCGCUACGAGGUCAUUUGAGCCGUGUCAACACGUGUCAGUUCCGAAACGGGCAUCAGCAGGUUUUUUUUUUCGAUACUUUAUUCGGAAACAAUGAGGGAAUAGGGCCAGGAAACUAAAUUUUUGCUGGUUGUGAAAGAAUUUUUAUUCUAAACCGCCUUAAGAUGCGAACAAAAAAUGAAAAAAUUUUUUACACAGCUUUGAAAAAAGAAAGUUUUAAAUGGUUAGCGAGAGAGUGUUUAAAAUGAGAGGUUCAGACGUCGUAAUCUUUUUUCUGAUUUUACACUUGAAUAUAGAAACUGUUUUUGAGUAGUAAGGCUGGAAAUUUUUAGAAAAAAAGGGGAAUGAGAGAUCACGCAGAUCAGAGAGAGCUCAGAGAAGUGGAGGUACUUUCGUUAUCUGGUGUCUCUCCAAAACGCCUUUAUUUCGCUCUUCCAAUCUCUUUAAAAAAGUUCUAGCAUUUUUUAUAGAGCAGUUAGUAACAUUAGUACAAAGAAAAUUCAUGGCUUGGCUUUUUUCACUGAAAUUUGAUAGUUUUAAGGACAAUUGGGCUUGUAAAGUAGCUGAGGGAAGCCCAAGAACAACGUAGAACUGAAGAGACGCGAGAGAAAGAGUGUCUUUUUCUUCUCUGGCCUCUCUUCAUAUCGUAGCUGAUCUCUCGCCCAAAGUUUAGCUGGUCGAAAAAUAUUAUUUUAAGCGCUAGUUUUGGACACAGAAACGUCUGAAACUACACUUUUUGAGAUAAUUCUUGAGAGCAGAGGUUAUUAAGUUAUUGUAGAGAAAGUUUAUGGAAAAACGAAAUUUUAAUUUUUUUCAACAGAUCCUGUCCGGAGGAGCGGAUCAGAAUUUGCUCUGGUGGGCUCCAAACUCCGACUUUGAAGCUCUGACGAGAAGAGACGAGAUCGUGGAGAGGGUCCAGGCUCAGGAAGAUAACUGGAGUGAUGAAGAUUGA